ACUGCGGACACAGUACAGGGGAUGACCAGAGACUGCGGACACUGUACAGGAGAUGACCAGAGACUGCGGACACGGUACAGGAGAUGACCAGAGACUGCGGACAUGGUACAGGAGAUGACCAGAGACUGCGGACACAGUACGGGAGAUGACCAGAGACUGCGGACAUAGUACAGGGGAUGACCAGAGACUGCAGAUAGUACAGGGGAUGACCAAGAGACUGCAGACAGUACAGGGGAUGACCAAGAGACUGCAGACAGUACAGGGGAUGGCCAAGAGACUGCGGACACAGUACAUGAGAUGACCAGAGACUGCAGACAACAGUACAGGGGAUGACCAAGAGACUGCGGAC